GCCGCCCCCAGGGCACAAUGAGCCCGCUCCGGCCGCCGCCGCCGGGAGGGACGCGGGGCACGGGCAGGGCCGGCCGGGGCACAGCCGGGGCGCAUCUCCGGCAGCGGGACUCGUCCGCGAGCGCUCGGCGUGUGGGGCCCCGCCGGGGCUCGUAGAGGAGAGAGGAGCGUCCCUGGGGAGGCGGCAUGUGGGGCACCCUGCUGCGGCGCGGGGUCCGCGGCGCCGGCGGGCUCCGGUGCCUGUCCUCGGGCGGCCCGCCCUGGAGCCAGGUGGUGUCGGAGGCCGAGAAGAUCGUGGGGUACCCGACGUCCUUCAUGAGCCUGCGGUGCCUGCUGAGCGACGAGCUCAGCAACAUCGCCAUGCAGGUCCGCAAGCUGGUGGGCACCAAGCACCCGCUGCUCGACACCGCCCGGGGUUUUGUGUAUGAUAGCCGGAACAAUUUACAGAUGCGAGGUUUGGUCGUACUGCUUAUUUCCAAAGCUGCUGGACCCAGCACAGCAGAACUCUCUUUCCAGCACGACAUGGUCAGUGGAAUUUAUUCCAGUCAAAGGAGUCUGGCUGAGAUUACGGAGCUGAUCCACACCGCCUUUCUGGUGCACCGUGGCAUAGUAAACAUUGGUGAGCUCAAGUCCUGCGAUGGCCCCCUGAAGGAUAUGCAGUUUGGGAAUAAAAUGGCUGUUUUGAGUGGAGAUUUUCUUCUAGCAAACGCUUGCACAAGCCUUGCACAGUUGCAGAAUACCAAGGUUGUGGAACUCAUUUCAAGUGCUAUUGGUGACUUAGUUCAAGGGAUAUAUUAUGAAAACUCAAAAUCAUCUGAGGAGAACUGCCUCACAGAUGAUAUUGGCAUAUCUAGGUGGAAGGAGCAGGUUUUCCUGUCACACAGUGCCUUGCUGGCAAAGAGCUGCCAGGCUGCCAUGGAGCUAGCAAAGCACAGCGCUGAGAUCCAGGACAUGGCAUUCCAGUACGGGAAGCAUAUGUCCAUGAGUCAUAAGCUGCAUUCGGACCUGCAGCCAUUUGUUAGAGAAAAUUCUAAUGACACCAUAGCCUUCAGUUUGAAUUCUGCUCCUGCAAUCCUUCAUCAGGAAUUCGGUGGAAGGGAGGCAUGGCUUAAACAGAUUAGCGAGGCACAAGGAAAAGGAAACAUUGUGGACUAUAAGAAGCUGCAGGAAGCAAUCAAGGCUGGCAAAGGUGUGACUUCUGCCAUCGACCUCUGCCGCUGCCACGGAAACAGAGCCCUGACAGCCCUGGAGCGAUUCCCUCCCUCCGAGGCCAGGGACGCCUUGGCCAACAUUGUCUACGCCGUGACCAGGUUUCCCUGACCCGCCGCCCCGGGAGGAGCGGCUCUCCCUGCACAGGUGGAAGCAGCCCGGCAGGGACACCGGAGCUGCCUCACACCUCCAUCGCCUCGCCCAUCCCGGCACAGGAACGCGCGCCCGCUGCCGCCGCCACCAGCGAAAUUCGGGAGAGGGAAGAAAAAAGGUCACAGACGGUUUUCGCUUGUCGUGCCAGAAGCGCACUUGAGGCUGCACCGGUAGAAAUAAUUAAUGAGUCCCGUUUCCGUGACCUCAGCAAAUGGACAGGAAAUAAGUCGGUAUUGAUUGGGCACCAGCGGGGACGGCGCCAGGGCGGAGGCCGGUGGUUUUCCUGCCAGAGGGAGGGAUAGAGGGAGGGACGGAUGCAAGGGUGUGAAGAUCCAGGUGUCACGGGAAACACGCUCAAACCUGCCCAGAGAGAGAGAGCUGCCGAAGCCAGGAAUUAACAUACCCUUAUCCAAGGGGAAGGGCAGUUUGGGGGGAUUAAUGGGGGGAAAUCCCUCUCUGUCUGCGUGCGGUUGUCUCCUCACACUCUUUUUAUGUAUUCAGAUGUAAAAUUACCCUGUGCCUAAUGAGUUCUGUAUUUGAGAAACUUGCUGAGAAAAUGUGUCAGGCAUGGUAAGAAGGAGCUUUAAAAUAUUUAAUCAAAUAUUAAUUUGGCUCUGUUAAGGGAACUGAGUGCCUGGAGUUUAUACUGUGCCUAUGUAAAAUGUUGCUCUGGGUCAAAGAAUGAAGUUUUUCCAACUCCUCUGGGGGAGGAACUAUCCCUCCCUCAGAUCCAGCAGUUUGUUUCAACAGAGUCUUACACAAAAGAUAUUCCUAUGUUUGUGACACUUGUGUUCAUUUAAGCCAAAUAAAUGUUAAUUUGUAAGGCUAGACAUCAGCCUUUGGCAGAAAGGUAGCAGGAAGCUCUUCUGUGAGUAGUCACUGCACUGAAUAAAAUGCAGAAAAUACUGGAGAAGUUUUGAAACUCAGUGUGUUGGAUUUUCAAGUCCAAUUACAGACAGCUUAUAAGGUGUAUCAGAAGCCUGCAAUUUGAGACCGUCUCUGUUUUGUUCAUAGGAGAUGAUUUUUGUGGUUUGCACACGUGCAAUCUGAGAAUGUCGUUGACAAGAAGGCUGAGUUUACAUAAAUGAUCUAGAUUGAGACUCAGCUACCUUUCUUCCUUCUGUGGUGUAAUUACAGCCCAAUCUGGAGACAGCUAGCACAGCAAACAGAUUUCAUUACAUCCCUCACUCAAACACUAAGUGGAGUUAUUUCUGUUAAAUUCUCUCCUCCCUCCUUUUCCCCCUGCACUCCCUCCCCAUUGCACAGCUUGUUUGUCAUAGAUCAGCGUGUUGCAUUCCACCAAAUGCAAAAUAUAAAUAAAAACUCUAUCCUCUAAAAAUAUAUUGAAAAUACAUCCUGUGUAAUGUACAUAAUAUUCUGUGUACAUUAUGCCCACAUCAUACCAUGAUAUUUUAUGUAUAAUAAGCAACCUUGAGUCACAAUCAUUGUUUAGAAGCAGCAUCCAGAACUCAGGACUCACUUUGUUCUGGAGAAUGGCUUAAACACCAGACCCCUUCUUACUUGCACUUUCUCUUUUGCCUGCCCUGGCAUUUUCCCUCUUCCCGAACUCUGGCACUUUUCCCUGAGUACUGUUGUUUCUGCAGCAGGAAGGCUGAAGACAGAAGAGAAGCACUGAGAAGUGUGGUUUAUUCCAAGCAGUUACCCAUGAAGUUCCCUGAAGUUCUCCUAAUAAAAAAAUGUGCUUGAAAGUACUACCUAAGUUCAACCAGAGUCAUAUUUCAGCUUUCUUUGGCUCUUGUUUUUACAUAUUACAUAACGUAAGAGCCAUUCAUCAUUUUUUCUUUGUCUUACAUCUGUGUUAAUUGCUUCAUAAUGAUUUAGGGCUGCAAAAAGCUUGGGUUGCUGGAGAUAUUCUGAGUCACUUCACCUCAGCUGUGUGAAAGAAAUACCAAACAUAUUGCAAAACUAUGUACACCUCAUUUAUUUUUUCACACAAGUCUUUAUUUGUACUUGUUACCAGUAAAGGGGAAUCACUAAAAAUUAA